CCGCAAGCGCAAGGUCCUGAGCUAAUCCCCUUACCAAAAAAGAGAAAAAGAAAUGUAAAAGAAGCAAAAACAAAAGAGAAAAGGUUAGGAUAAUAAUAGAGAAAGAAGGACACUAAUUAACACCUCCUACCUCCAGACUUUGAGAACUAUUAGAAAUGCAAAAUAACCAGGUUCUUGGUUUGCACCACCACAUCCCCCUCACCUGGGUCCGUUUGGCUAAACUGACUCCUCACCUUGGAGAACAGAAAAGGACAACUGCUUCUUUGUUACGAAAACUGACAACAGCCUCCAAUGGAGGGGGCUUUGAGGAGUUACCCUUGGUUGGACCCAAGAAGUGUGUGCAGCAACUACAAUGCCAGGCAAAUCUUGUUUAUUGCCUCCCUGAGAAGCAGGGAACUUCUGUGGAUGGAGAGCCACGGAGACUAGAAAAAGUCGUCUGUUCCCUCCUGGACAUGGGUUUCAGUGAUGCCCAUAUUAAUGAAUUGCUUAGUAUACAGCCAGGUCCCAGCCCUCAACAGUUGCUGGACCUCAUUUCAGAAUUUAUACUCCUGGGUGUAAAUCCAGAGCCUGUGUAUGUGGCCUUGAAGCAAAGCCCCCAGUUACUGAACCUGCCUGUAGUGCAAGUAAAGAAGCGUUCCAGUUACUUGCGGAAGCUUGGCCUCGGAGAAGGGAAAUUAAAGAGGGUGCUUCACAGCUGCCCUGAGAUUUUCACCAUGCGUCAGCGGGAUGUUGAUGAAGUUGUUCAGGUCCUCAAGGAGAAGUGCCUUUUCACAGUGCAGCAGGUCACCGAGAUUUUGCACAGAUGCCCCAAUGUGCUUCGGGAGGACCCUAGUGAAUUGGAAUACAAAUUCCAGUAUGGCUACUUUAGGAUGGGAAUUAAACAUGUGGAUGUGGUAAGGACUGAGUUCUUUAAGUACUCGUUAACCAAGAUCAAGCAGAGACACGUUUACCUGGAGCGCCUGGGACGGUACCAGACACCGGAUAAGAAGGGGCAGACACAGAUUGCAAACCCUUUACUCAAGGACAUUCUCCGAAUUUCAGAGGCUGAGUUUUUGGCCAAGACAGCUUGUUCCUCUGCUGAGGAAUUUGUGGUUUUUAAAAAGCUCUUGGCUCUGGAGGAGGAAGAGCUUGAGAGCAGCAUGUCUGAGGAGGAGGAGGAGGAGGAGGACGAGGACGAGGAGGAGGACGAGGACGAGGACAAAGAUGAAGAACAGCUGUGAUGGAGGACUGAGGCCAAUAGGGCCCAGGGACCACAAAGAACUUUCUCUCAUUCUCAAAGCUUUUGGGAGCUUCACUUGCUUGGAUCUUCCCAAGUAUUUCAUACUAACACUGACCUUUGAUGAAAGAAAGAAUUAUAUGAACCACCGAAGAUGUAAACAGGCCAAACCAAAUAGGGGUGCUUUGGUGUGAUUGUGGGGCUCUGUUGGGAGGCCCCAUUCCAUCCUAAAUAAAAUACUGAGCUGUUAAAAUCAAGGGAA